UACAUUUUUGCUUAUUCGUAUUUCACAAUAACCACUGUAAAGCCUCAAUGAACGUUUUUUUUCCCAGAGAGUUUGAUUAAGUAGGCUUUCUUUAUUACAAUGCUGCGUGUUUUUGUAAAACAAACUAUACGAAAACUGAGCACUAACGCGUCGGCGGGAAAAUGCAACCGAUUGGAAGGAAAAGUGGCAAUUGUCACGGCAUCGACACGAGGGAUUGGUUUAGCAAUUGCAAGACGUUUCGCUCAAGAAGGUGCAAAGGUAAUGAUUUGCAGUCGCAAAGAGCCAAAUGUAAAGAAAGCUGUAGAGGAACUUAAAUCUGAAGGUUUACAAGUUUCUAGUGUUGUAUGCCAUGUUGGUGAUAGUGACCAUAGAAAAAAUCUUUUAGAGAAAACAAAAGAGGAAUUUGGUGGCUUAGAUAUUCUUGUAUCAAAUGCAGGUGUAAAUCCUGUAAAUCCUGAUCCAAAACCACUCUUUGAUACCACGGAACAAUUAUGGGAUAAAAUCUUUGAUGUUAAUGUUAAAAGUAGUUUUCUUCUAAUGCAAGAGUCCUUACCACUUUUGAGAAAGAGUAAAUCACCUUCAAUAAUUCUCAUGUCUUCAAUAGCAGCAUAUAAUUCAAUUCAUUUGUUAGGUGCAUAUGCUGUUAGUAAAACAUGUCUAGUAGGUCUUAACUAUGUAGCUGCUGCUAGUCUUGCUUCAGAAGGAAUCCGUGUCAAUACUAUAGCACCUGGUAUUAUAAAGACUAAGUUUUCGCAAAUACUUUAUGAAGGUAAAAGAGAUACAUUUUUAUCCAUAAUACCAAUGCAAAGAUUUGGCGAAACAAAUGAUAUUGCAGGAAUUGCUGCAUUUUUAGCAAGCAAUGAUGCUGCUUAUAUUACUGGUGAAACUAUUGUUGCAGCUGGUGGAAUGAAGUCCAGACUUUAAACAUUGUACUAUAAAACCUGUUUCAAUAUUAUGUAUAACUUGUAAUAAGAAUAUUAUUUUUAUAUAUAUACAUUUGUAAACUUGAAAUAAAAUAUUACAAUUAAUGCA